AUGAAUAGGCUCCUCUCAAUCCCUCUCUGCUUUGGAGUUCUAAGUUUGUUAUCCGUGAUGAUCUCCAUAGAGUUGGUUCACGGAUGGCCACAUCAUACCCGAGAAAAUGAAUUGUUUCCAGAUAAAGAAGAUAUAAAUCGUGACGAGCUAUUGCUGGCACUACUGAAUAGAAAUUUUGAUCUCCAAAGAUCUACCAACAUUGAUAUAGAACUGGCUAACAAAUUGGAAGAACUUAACCAGCUAGAAAAGCUAACACAACAGCUGACGGAGGCAAAGUCAGCUGAUAUGUCCUAUGCUAUAGACGGUCCAUCCUCUUCCCAUCCUAACAAGCGAGCCUGCUUUUGGAAAUACUGUAUUUAA